AGUGCUGAGAAGCGUGGGUGUAUUCCGACUCUUUCUGAUUCUUGGCCAGGUGAAGGUUGCCAGGGGAUACAAAGGCAGAGCGGAGGCGGUUGGCUGGGCUUCCGGUCCGCCUUCCUCUUCUCCCGUCAGGAUUCCCCCAAUCCUGGAGGAUGUCUCGGCGCAGGCCCGCGUCCUGGAGCUGGUAGUUUGUCUUCUCGGAGCUUUGGCUUCGUUGAGCUUGGUCUGCGCCGCUGGAAAUGGGUGUUUUGAGGCGGCGGGACGCCCACGUACCGACGACUGAGUGUUCUCGGCUUGUGCCUGUUCUUUCUGCACCACCUGGACCGGACCCUGGGAGUCCACCAGAGCGUGUGCAAGUGGCAUGACCACGAGUCAGGCACUACUGACGGCUUGUACUGUAGCUUGGGGUUGGAAGCGUCUGCUGACAGUGAGGGUCAUGACUUCCAUGGCCAUCCUGCCCCUGCUGUUUGGCUGUGUGGGCAUCUUCAGCCUCUUCAAGCUGCUGCAGUGCAUGUGGACGAAGGCUAGGCUCCAGGAUGCUGUGGUGGUCGUAACAGGUGCCACCUCAGGACUGGGGCGAGAAUGUGCCAAAGUCUUCUAUGCUGCAGGUGCUAAGCUGGUGCUCUGUGGCCGGAACAGGGAGGCCCUAGAAGAGCUCACCAAAGAACUUGCUGCUUCUCAGGCCACCAAGGUGCAGACACACAGGCCUUUCACAGUGACCUUUGACCUCACGGACCCUGGGGCUGUCGUUGCAGCAACAGCUGAGAUCCUGCAGUGCUUUGGUUAUGUCGAUGUGCUCAUCAACAAUGCUGGGGUCAGCUACCGCGGCGCCAUCCUAGACACCACCACGGAUGUGGACAAGAGAGUCAUGGAGACAAACUACUUUGGCCCAGUAGCUCUAACAAAAGCACUCCUGCCCUCCAUGAUCAAAAGGCGACAGGGCCACAUCGUUGCAAUCAGCAGCAUCCAGGGCAAAAUCAGCAUUCCUUUUCGAUCAGCAUAUGCAGCUUCCAAACAUGCGACCCAGGCAUUCUUUGACUGUCUUCGUGCUGAGAUGGAACAGUAUGAGAUCAAGGUGACCAUAAUCAGCCCCGGCUACAUCCACACCAACCUGUCUCUUAAUGCCAUCACUGCUGAUGGCUCCAGAUAUGGAGUUAUGGACAAGACCACGGCCGAGGGCCGAAUGCCUGUGGAGGUGGCCCAAGAUGUUCUGACUGCUGUGGUGAAGAAAAAGAAAGACGUGAUCCUGGCUGACCUGUUGCCUUCCUUGGCCAUAUAUCUGCGAACUCUGGCUCCUGGGCUCUUCUUUAGCCUCAUGGCCUCCCGGGCCAGGAGGGAGCAGAAAUUCAAGAACUCCUAGUGCCAUACAGAGCUGUAUAUUACUAGAUGUUUGUCUCACAGGUGGGAAAGAUGGAGAUACAUGUGUCCUGCAGAUCCCUGGAAUACCCCUGCUGGCCAAGAGUGGGAAACAAAAAAGGUGUCUUUCCAGCUAUGUGGGUUAACCCUUAAAAGUCAAUAUGGAUCUGGGUUUUAAUGCUGAGAAUAUGAAAUAAAUGAAUGGAACGUUAAGAGUCAUAGCUCUUA